UGCGUUUCAUAAUUUGACAAUUGUUUAUGGUCAAUCGUCAGCCUAAUAACAAUCCAGAAUUUCAUGGACUCCCACCUUUUGCUAUUUUUUUGACAAAAAAAAAUCUAGUUACAAUCAAUUUCUCCACCUUUUUCAUCUGAAAACGAAAUCAGCGUCAAAAGCUUAAAAGCUGAACCCAACUUCUGAAUCAUGUAGAAGAUUAUCUGAGGCCACGAAACAUAGGCUGUCAAUUCCAGUCUGAAUUGCCCCACCAAAUGUUGUUUCUAGAUUGUUCAUCAGCGACCGUGAAAACGCUACAAGAAAUCUCAAGAAAUAUCCAAGAAAAAGCACGGAGGGACAGCGUCAUUGUAGCAUUUGAAGACGCCAAGUACCAAGAAAUGGCAAAGAAAACCAUCAUGGCAUCAUCCUCCAGUGCCCCUUCCCCACGUCCUUCCCUUCUCCAUCGGCAAUGGACGAGUCGUCGAGCCCUUUUAUUGCCAUUAUGAUAUAUUUAUUACUCGAUUCGAGUGACUGCACGUGACCCCUUCUCUCUCUUCUCCUCUCCCCCCCUUCCCCCGUCCCUGUUUCCCACCUUGGCGCCACCCCCGUCCCCCAUUGGAUCCGCUCACCUCCCUCUCUCUCUCUCCCCGGUCGGAAUCAAUGCCGCCUCCUCCAUUUCCGCUUCCGCUCCUCCUCGCCAUUGCUGCUCUGCUCUCCGCGGCCGUGGAGGGUUCGCACCGCGCCUGCUCGCCGCCUCCCCACGCUGGCCGCACGCCCCAACCGUCCUGCCCUCCGUUCCGUUCGCCGCCCUCCUCCUUCCCCUUCUCUUCCUCCGCCGGGUGCGGUCACCCCUCCUUCCAGAUCAACUGCUCCUCCCCCCAUUCCCUCAUCUCUAUCCACUCCGCCCCUUUCCUUGUCCUCGACCACCAACCCAACUCCCUCCUCCUCUCUCCCUCCCUCCCCCAUUCCUCCUCCUCUGCUUGUCCUUCUCUCCCCACUGCCCCCAUUAAUCUCUCUGGCUCCCCUUUCCGCCUCUCGCUGGACACCUGCUCCCAUCUCUUGUCCCUCCGCCCCUGCCCCCUCGCUGCCUCGGCGAACUCCUCCUGCCGCCUCUCCAAGUGGCAGCGCCUCCUCCUCUCCAAACCCCGCCUCCUCCUCAACUCCUGCUUCCACGCCACCCUCCACCGAGCCGCCGCCGCCCCCUGCCAGCACGACGUCCACGCCUCCAUCGCCGCCUUCCUGCGCUCCGGCAUCGAGGUCGAGUGGGACUCCACCUCCGACCCCUACUUCUCCAACUGCUCUUCGUGCCAGCGCGCCACCGGCGGGGUCUGCGGCUUCAACGAUUCGUCUUCCUCUAAGGAUUUCCUCUGCUUUCCUUCCGCCGAGCAUCUUGGCCGCCAGCCCACCGGCGGCCCCACCCACCGUCUUCUUAUUCUAAUCACCACCCUUUUCGCCGUCACCUGCCUUCUUGUUGUCGUCCUCUCUCUCUGGGCCGCCGCUUUCCUCCGACGCCGCCGGGACGACCCCUGCGGUGCCGCCGGUGACCCGAUGACCGCCUUCCUCCGCCGGCAUCACCUCCACCCGCCGGUGUACACUUACGACCAUCUCCACGCCGCCACCGGCGGCUUCGACCCCCGGCGCAAGAUCGGGGACGGCGGGUUCGGGGCUGUGUACCUCGCCCAGCUUGGCGACGGCCGGAUCGCCGCCGUGAAGCGGCUCCACAGCCACCACCCGUCGGCGAGCACCAAGUCCUUCUGCAACGAGAUCCUGAUCCUCUCCUCGCUCCGCCACCCCAACCUCGUCCGCCUCCACGGCUACUGCUGCGACCCCCGCGGCCUCCUCCUAGUGUACGACUACGUCCCCAACGGCACCGUCGCCGACCACCUCCACGGCUCCAGGAGCGCCUACAGCCGGGCCGCUCUCACAUGGGCCGUCCGCGUCGACAUCGCCCUCCAGACCGCCGCCGCCCUGGAGUACCUCCACUUCUCUCUGAAGCCUCCGGUGGUCCACCGGGACAUCACAUCGGCCAACAUCUUCGUGGAGAGAGAUAUGAGGGUGAAAGUCGGCGACUUUGGGCUCUCGAGGCUGCUCUCGCUGCCAGAAGAUUCGUCGUCGGGUUCGUCGGAGUACGUUUGCUGCACGGGGCCACAGGGCACGCCGGGGUACUUGGACCCGGAUUACCACCGGUCGUUCCGGCUGACGGAGAAGAGCGACGUGUAUAGCUUCGGCGUGGUGCUGCUGGAGCUGGUGACGGGGAUGAAGGCGGUGGACUUGGGGAGGGACCGGAGGGAGGUGACGCUGGCCGACCUGGCGGUGGCCAAGAUCCAGGUCGGGGCGCUGCACCAGGUGGUCGAUCCGGUGCUGCUGCGGCAGGGGAAGGAGGCCAUGGCGACUGUCGAGGCGGUUGCCGAGCUCGCAUUCAGGUGCGUGGCCGGGGAUAAGGAUGACCGGCCGGACGCGAGGGAGCUGGUGGAGGAGUUGAAGCGAAUUCGCAGUCGAAUGCAUGAUGCUCGCUCGUAAUUUGAGGAGACCAAGAUGCGAUUCUGAUGAAUUCAUGUUGGGUUCAUUUCAAGCAGAAAGUUAUGGUCUUGGAAGGAUGAUUCCUGAGAGAGUUGGUUGCGUUAAUUCCUUCUACUUCCGAGUUCUAUUAGCUGCGUAGCUAUUGGGGCAUGUAAACUGUCUACCCUGUAACUCUGGUUCCACGCUUGGAUCACCAACCACCUGAAAUGAGAAAUGAAGCAAUCUAGGACAUUUUCUCGGGCUUUGGUCGAAGAGAAUUGGAGAUAUGAGCCAGUAAAAGGAAUGGAAACAUGUUCACGAGUAAACUCGCCUUCUCAGGCUUUGGUGGUUGAAGAGGAUUGGAGAUUUGAGCUAGUAAAGGAAUGAAGAGUGUUAGAUGCCUAAGGAGGGCCUGGCUGGUGAAACACGUUAUACGUGGUAGAGAAAAUCUUUCAAGUCAUUGUUUGCAUCAAGAGAAUGAUCAUAUCAGAGCCCUGUAUUUGGCUUGUCGUGAUAGAACUCAUCUUAUCUCUACGCAAUUGUGUAAGUUACUUAUCUUUCCUCUGGCACUCCCUUCGUGGAUGAUGGAUCCUUGUUUUAUUGGAAAUUCUUAAGUCAUCUCCAUUUUGUUCACUUCUAUGAAAUCUUAACGCUUGCAUUUCUUCUUUUGUUUUCAA